AUGGAAAGCCCGAUGAAGGCCGUUGUGGGCAAAAACAAGAUCAUCGUUUACGUCCAUCCCAGUGCUCUGAUGCAAGGCACGUCUGCCUUAACCGCGAGGGUAACUGGGCCAUGGAGUAACAUCGGACAACAAACAUUGGACUGGACAGACUUCGACGAAGAGACCAUAGAGUGUGUCCUGAAAUUUUGUUAUGGUCGGCAAUAUGACCUCCCAUGGCAGUCGCCUCCCACCAAGGACGAAUCAACGAUAGUGGAGCGAGCAGGAUCACAUGCCGAACACAAUGCCGAGUCUGGUUCCGAACUUGCUAGUUGGAGCUACACGGGUGAUGCCAUCGUGCUACAUGCGAAGGUCUACUUAUUCGCUCAUCGUUAUCUUGUUGAUGCUCUCCAACAAUACGCCUUGGCUCAAAUGAAGAAUUGUUUUGGGCCUUUCCUCGAGGAGUACAGUACUUCACCCGCGCAACAAUUCAACACCCCCUCCUCCUCACCGGAAAGUAACAUGGAUCCUGCCCGCAAGGAGUUAUGCGAUUUCGUUGCCGAUUCCCACCAAAGGUUCAGUCGUCAUUUUGUUCAGUUCCAUGAAGAGACUGGGGACUUUAUGGUUGAUCUAGCUUGCAACCUCGCGGCUCGGAUUACUGUGCUUCAGUCCUCUAAUGCUUACCUGGCAACGGAAUGCCAGCGGAGAAACGCUGAACUCAUUGGGUUGGUGGAACGGUUCUGGAACCAAGGACCCCGGGAUUCUUUCUUUUCUAUUCCUUAUCAGCAGGGUCGUGACUAG